AUGAGGACCAGACGAUCCGCUUGCCUACCAGCGCCCUUGAGCACGCUACUGCUGGCCCUCACUGCAGCAUGCUCUGCUUGCGCCAACCUCCAGCCGUUCCAGCCUGCUGAGACAGCCGCCAUUGUCGCAAAGCGGCAGCAAGGAUGCCUCUCCAACUUUUACAGCUGCGCGAACCAAGGUCCCGCAUUCAACGGCGUCUGUUGUCAAAACGGACAGACAUGCGGUCUAGACGCUAAUAAUGAGCCGGCGUGCUGUCCAGCUGGCGCUAUAUGUACCGGCACCGCACCCGCAAGCUUCGUCACCCCCGUCCCGGCAGCCACGACCGCCGUGUCCUACGUCGCGAACAACUUCUUCUCGUUCCCCUAUGUCGCCACCUACUUUGCCAACAGGGAGCACUGCUCGGCCGCUGCCAGGCAGUGCGAUGCCAACCACGAGGCAUGCCAGUCGCAACUUCAGGGCCUUGCCGGCGGGGCAGGAUAUGCCGUCACCAUCGCCGUUCCGGGGGGGGGAGGCACGACUGUGACGGCCGCGGCUGGGGUCACUUAUGAGCCUGCUCGGGCGACAAGCAUAUGUAAGCAUGAGUUACACUUCCCAUACACAAACAUUUAUGCCCCUCCGGGCAGCUUGUCCAGCGUGGCGUGCAACGGGCUUCAGGCUAGCAUGUGCACGAUGGAGGGGACAACCGCAAACGGCUUCUACUUUGGGUCUGGGAAUGCAGCCCCAAGACCCACGGCUGCUGCGGUUGGUGUUGUCGGUGCUGUGGCGGCCGGCGUGGCAGGGCUCAAUCUCAUGAACGGUUUCUAA